AUGGCGACACCAACGCCCACCAAAAGCAUGUCUUCAAGACUACUAACUAUGAAAUUCAUGCAAAGAGCUGUCGCCUCGCCCUCCUCCCCAUCAUCCGCUACGCCAACUCCAGACGAGCAAGCCUCAAAGCGACGUAAGGUGUCACACAACCAAUCGAAACGUGAUAGUAUCGAUUCCCUAGCACAUAUAGACCAAUCCGCAGUACAAGCUGCGAUUGCUGAGGAGGAAAAGAAGCGCCAGGAAGCUGUGGUACAGAAUGCUGCUAAGCUGGGAGACGCACAUUGGGUGCUUGACAUACCAGAAAAGACAACAAAUUCUAACCGUGGAAUACAAACAUUAAAUGUAGUUCAAGUUGGAUUUGCACAGAUCGAUUCCCAUAUUGACACCUCUGAUGCUGCUGGCUUUGAUGACUUUGAAUCAGCUGACGCCUCGCACGUAAGAACUCCAAUGGUUAGACGGUAUAAUAUGGAUAAUAAGAAGGUGUCGAAAGACAGUGUGUCUGAAAGUGACGAUUCUAGCUCUGGGUCGGAUUCUGACGACUCUUCGGAAGAUAAUGGACGAGGCCGACAUUCUUAUAGCCAAAGGUCAGAGGGACGGUCGGGAUCAUCUCGUCCGGCCUUGAAAAGCAAAAGAAGCGCCGAACAGGUCAAAGCUAAGCAGUUUGCCGAGAAACGAAGAAAGAAGGAGGUCAAGUUGAAUGGUAUUAAGUCAUCUCCUGCCUCUGGCGGCCCAUUAUCCAUAUCCUCGGGAGGCGGUACUUCACAACGGCAGCCUAUGGACUUCACUUGUCAUCGCUGUGGCAGACCGGGGCAUAAACUUGCCCAGUGUAAGAAUACUCCCAAGCGGCCAACAAAUUAG